CCCCCCCACCACAACCACCUCACCCACCCCCCACCAUCCAUCCACGCACCAUCGUGUCCCUCCCAAGAGGCAGGAACAUACCCACCACCAUGAACCAUCACGAACCAACACACACAAAGAAAAACCACCCUAAGCACCAAGCACCAGCCGCCAACCAACCAACCAAACCCACCCCACCGCCCCACACGCACGCACGCACGCCCACCCCUGCAACAUCGAACGUAGCGCAUCUGUUUACACCCCGAAUCCGGCAAUGCGAAUUUAGCUGCGAGCAGCGUGAUUGGCUGCGCGCCUCAGGGGGGCGCGCGGGAGCCCGGCCCGCCGCUGGGACACGUGGCUGCGGGGGGUGCGUGCGCGGGUAUAGGGGGCGAGGCGUGGUGCGUGCGUGCGUGCGGCUGUUGGCUGUUGGCUGGGAGGGGAUUGGAGGGGUUUUGGGGCUUGAGGAGGUGAGGAGGGUGAGAGAGAGGGUCGUGGGUCGUGAGGUGAGUGAUGGGUGUUGUUGGGUUUGGGUGGUGGUUUUUUGAGCUGCGUGCGUGGUUUUGAGGGUGCGUGCUGCGAGCCUGAAUGGCUGGCAGUGGCAUGCCCCGCUGGGUAUUGUUGUUUCGUUGUUUGAUAAAUAAAUUAAGCUUAGAAUUCAAUAUAUCUACGUCAAUGUUUUUUACUUCUAUAUUCUAUAAAACAUUCCACUGAUUACCGGGCAGUCUCCUCAACACAGCACGCAGUGGAGGAAUGAAAGA